AUGCCUGGCCAGGGAUCAAUUUUAGGCUCAUUCUCUGCGCGAAGGGCUUCUUUGACUAGAAUUAUUAUCCAUGUCUGGUCCACAAAAACAGCUCAUGAAGAACGGAUGAAAGGCGUCGAUCCUGAAAGUGGCCAACAUGAAACCUUCUCUGCAGAAUAUCUAUUGAUGGCGCUGCAAUCCCGCCAUUAUUGUCCGGCUCUUGGGGAUAUCCAUUUCGGCUACCCCGGGUGUCGAUUCCAAUAUUAUUUGCGAUCCAUCAGUAUCAAGUGUGCAUUAUUAUUGUCCGCAUGCCAUGCUGUGCGACGCUAUGAUUAUGGUUGCGGCGGAGUACGUGACGUUUGGCGGGCUGGAUGGAUGGAGGGCUCUUGA